AUGCUGAUUAGGAGCAAUUUUAUCAAACACAUACACAUACAAUACGAAUUACGCAUCUAUCUAUCUAUCUAUCUAUCUAUCUAUCUAUCUAUCUAUCUAUCUAUCUAUCUCAGUCUAUUCAUUACAUAUAUAUCUGUCUAUUCAUUAUCUAUCUAUCUAUCUCAGUCUAUUCAUUACAUAUAUAUCUGUCUAUUCAUUAUCUAUCUAUCUAUCUCAGUCUAUUCAUUACAUAUAUAUCUGUCUAUUCAUUAUCUAUCUAUCUAUCUAUCUCAGUCUAUUCAUUACAUAUAUAUCAGUCUAUUCAUUACAUAUAUAUCUGUCUAUUCAUUAUCUAUCUAUCUAUCUCAGUCUAUUCAUUACAUAUAUGUCUCUCUAUUCAUGAUCUAUCUAUAUAUGUAUCUAUGCAUCUAUCUAUCUAUCUAUCUAUCUAUCUCAGUCUAUUCAUUACAUAUAUAUCUGUCUAUUCAUUAUCUAUCUAUCUAUCUCAGUCUAUUCAUUACAUAUAUGUCUCUCUAUUCAUUAUCUAUCUAUAUAUGUAUCUAUGCAUCUAUCUAUCUAUCUAUCUAUCUAUCUAUCUCAGUCUAUUCAUUACAUAUAUAUCUGUCUAUUCAUUAUCUAUCUAUCUCAGUCUAUUCAUUACAUAUAUAUCUGUCUAUUCAUUAUCUAUCUAUCUGUCUAUUCAUUACAUAUAUAUCUGUCUAUUCAUUAUCUAUCUAUCUAUCUAUCUGUCUAUUCAUUACAUAUAUGUCCCUCUAUUCAUUAUCUAUCUAUAUAUGUAUCUAUGCAUCUAUCUAUCUAUCUAUCUAUCUAUCUAUCUAUCUAUCUAUCUCAGUCUAUUCAUUACAUAUAUAUCUGUCUAUUCAUUAUCUAUCUAUCUCAGUCUAUUCAUUACAUAUAUAUCUGUCUAUUCAUUAUCUAUCUAUCUAUCUCAGUCUAUUCAUUACAUAUAUAUCUGUCUAUUCAUUAUCUAUCUAUCUAUCUAUCUCAGUCUAUUCAUUACAUAUAUGUCUCUCUAUUCAUGAUCUAUCUAUAUAUGUAUCUAUGCAUCUAUCUAUCUAUCUAUCUAUCUAUCUAUCUAUCUAUCUAUCUAUCUAUCUCAGUCUAUUCAUUACAUAUAUAUCUGUCUAUUCAUUAUCUAUCUAUCUCAGUCUAUUCAUUACAUAUAUAUCUGUCUAUUCAUGA